UUUGGGUAUCGCGAGUGAUUAAAGGGAAAACCAAAUUCUGGGAAGCUCGAACACUCAUCAUCGAAGAUUAGUAAAUGUUGUAGAAAAUUUGAGAUUUCAUCCUCUCGUCUUCUCGAAAUUUAAUCAUUUCAGCGCAUCACUGAUUCUGCUUUUCCUUGUCUUCUUCGUCUUCUCCUGUUCGGUAAUCGCACUGUCUUUGCCAUGUAUUCUCUGAUACUCCAUGGAAGAAGGACUCUUGAGUUGCAAAUAUGGCGUAAUUUGAGAGUUUCAGUGACCCUUUUGCAAAAUGCAUCUGCUUUUUCAAAUCCGUUCUCCUCUGCUCGUGCUGCUCAAGAUGGUCGAAAGGAGAAGACUUUUACUGUCUCUUACCUCGUUGAUUCAUUGGGUCUAGCUAGGAAACUCGCCGAUUCCAUCUGCAGGAAAGUCAGCUCCCAAAGCAAGGGAGAUCCUGAUUCUGUACUGACUCUUCUUAGGAGUCAUGGGUUUACGGAUCCUCAGAUCUCCAGGAUCAUUACGGUUUAUCCACGAUUUCUCAUGUUAAAUGCUGAGGAAUCUCUCGGUCCCAAGCUUCAGUUUCUGCAGUCCAGAGGAGCUACAAGCUCUGAGCUCACUGAGAUUGUUUCUAAAGUCCCUAAGAUCUUGGGUAUUAAAAAGGACAAAGCUUUCAGCGUAUACUAUGAUUUCAUCAAAGAGAUCAUAGAAGCCGAUAAGAGCUCCAAGUACGUAAAGUUGUGUCAUUCUUCGCCAGAGGGUAGUGCGCAGGAGAACAAACUCAGAAAUGUAUUGGCGUUGAGAGAAUUGGGUGUGCCUCAGAAGCUGUUAUUCUCUAUGCUCAUCUCCAAUUUCCAAUCUGUAUCUGGAAAAGAAAGAUUUGAAGAAUCCGUCAAGAAGGUUCUUGACAUGGGCUUUGAUCCGACAACCUUAAAGUUUGUCCAUGCUCUACACGCUGUUUACCAAAUGAGCGACAAAACGAUUGAAGAAAAAGUAAACGUCUAUAAAAGGUUAGGCUUUGAUGUGGAAGAUGUAUGGGAAAUGUUCAAGAAGUGCCCAAACAUUCUGGCACUCUCGGAGCAAAAGAUAUUGAACUCCACUGAAACAAUUCUAGGCCUAGGAUUCUGCAGAGAUGAGGUUGCCAUGAUGGUCAAGUGCUAUCCUCAGUGCAUUAGAUAUUCUGCAGAGUCGGUGAAGAAGAAGACUGAGUUUGUGGUGAAGAAGAUGAACUGGCCACUAAAGGCUGUGGCUUUGUUCCCUCAGGUACUUGGAUACAGCAUGGAGAAGAGGAUUAUACCAAGGUGUAAUGUAAUCAAAGCUCUCAUGCCUAAAGGAUUGCUUGGAACUGAACUCCCUUCUAUGCCGUGUGUCUUGGCAUGUACCGAUCAAGCUUUCUUAAACAAGUACUUAAAAAAUCACGAGGACAAGGAGUUGGUGACUGAGUUGAUGGCCAUCUUCACCAAAGAUCGUGUCUCAUAGCAUAGAAAGGCUUGUCAAAGUUAGUUUUUCUUUGUUCCUGUUAGUUUUAGAUUCGGGCAAUGGGAGGCAAUAUACGAGAUUUACAUCAUGAUUGGUCGUUGCCGGUCUUUUAUUAAUUUAAACUUUUAUUACUCUGAACGUUGAUCAGACACAGCUAUUGUGAAUCGUUCUAGAAUGUCUUUCUGGCUAGUUUUGUUCAUCAUCUGAAAAAAUUGUUUCAACUUGGGCCAUAGUGAUAGCUUUACUCUUUCAUCAGACAAAUAGGUUCGAAACCAUAGUGGUCUUGAUUCUUGCUGAUGGUUUUGAUAGCUUGGAUGUUUCUUCAUAUGUACAAAACAUAAAGAAUCAUUAGUUUCAGCUUUUGUUUGGGAAACGAAACUUUAAAUCUCCUGCGAGAACCUUUUUUGGUGUUGAUGGAUUGUUAAAACGAGUUGUUUUAAAGUUGAAAGUGUCCAGUUCUUAGUCUUACUGCUACAAUCAUCUUUACACUGAGAACUGUAUGUUCGAAAACUGAGUUUAGUAGUUCAUUGGCGUUGAGAUUUAGGAUUUUGGGGGCUUAAGAGGUCUGUCUAGAGCGGUAUG